GAUAUGAUAAAAAACAUAACAAAACAGCGCCUACUAAUUUGCUGGAUAUAUAUUACAUGGCAACCGAGGAGGAAAAAGAAGAGUUAAAAAAAAAAAUGAGAUUAAGUGAUAAAUCUAAUCCUAAUUUGCUGCAAAAAUACUCCUUACAAGAAAAAAAAAUUAAUAAUUUGACCAUUGUCCAAGAAUAUUUGGCACUUUUUACCCGCCACUACAAACUUUCUGACUUAACCAAAUUACUUAGCAAAUCCGAAAGUUCUUUACGCCAAAUAAAACAAAGCAGUUUUGAGAAAUUACAAGCCAUAGUUCAGGAAAGAAAUCUUCAUUUUUUAAGUAAUGAUACCUUUGACCUUACCAAGCCAGAAAAAGUCAAAUGA